AUGGAUCGUAGCGGGUCCACCAUCGCCAGCUUCGUUAUAGCUAGUAUCCUGCUCAAACUCGCGAUCCAGACGUUGAUCAAGCAUCAAAUUCUUAAGAAGCGCAUACGCAGCAUCCGGGUCAUGUGUGCUGCCGUGUCAUUGCCCACUUUGCUGAUCGACACACAGACACGGAUAAUUCUCCUAGGGACUCAAAGUCCCCAGUUCUUCACACUCGGAACACUAGCGCUCGCCUUAGUGGAAAUUUCGCUGCGUACUGGGAAAGCUCACUACGUCAUGCGGGUCAUUCGAAAUCGCCAAGUUAAUCUUCCCGGUCGGAGGAAGUCAACUUCACCCUCGUUGCAGCAAGGGUCCACUAAAACAAUUGACGCCAGCUCACCUUCACCAGCUACUCUGGAGUUUGAACUGUGGCGCAGCAGCUUCCUCGCCUAUCACGUGGCGGAGAUCAACGCAGAUACUUACGCCGAGUAUAUUGCGAUGGUUUGUUCUGCUGCCAUUCUGGUUUUCUUUGGUGAUCACCCGCACUAUACGCUCUUGAGAAAGCUCGAUAGUAGCAGUGACCUACGCUCCAGCCAGCUAAAGAUGUUGUUAUUCCAAAUUGCAGUUGAAGUUGUGGUUGACUUUGUGGCAACUGCGCUGGAGAUGAUGGCGGGCAUCGAGUUCAGCGUCAACAAGAGUGUCGGUGCUUUCCUCACCGUCUUCUUGGCCGCUAUCGCCGUGCUGAAUAUCAUCAUUUCGCUCGCCGCCUUGAUCGACACGAUCUCGGACCAAACCAGCAUUUCCAGGCUCAACGCAGACGUCGCUCUGCGUGGAGAUCACGAGGUCAAGCGGACUCUGCGUUGGCAAAAUGACGAUGACGAUGAAGACCGAGUCGCGAGGUUCAUCUACAAGCCUCUGAGGCUGCCAAGUUCCUUGAAUGUGGCGCCGCUGAUCAAGCCGGAAGAAGCCGCAGCGAAAGCGAAAGAAGCCAUGAUGACGUAUCCGAAGGGCUUGAGCAGCGGGACGAUGAGGCAAUUGGAGAAAGUGGAAGAGCAAAGGGCGUACGAUGUGCUUAAAAUCGAGCUCAACCCCAAUGCCAUCAGAGAUGACCCAGAGUAA